GUGUGCGGACGGAUACGAGCGGAAGCCGCGUUUGUUGUUCUUCCUUCUGUUUCCGAGACGUUCAGGGUCUAAACGGGUUCAACAGCCGUGUCUGCAUGUCUCUACCAAUUCCCUCUAUAAAUCGUCUUCUACUGCCCCCGAAUGAAGAUUAACAGGUAUGCCAAAGGAAAAAUAUGAUCCUCCAGAUCCCCGCAGAUGUUACACCAUCAUGUCAGCCGAGGAUGCGGCCAAUGGGAAAAAGUCUUACUGGGCCGAGCUGGAGAUAUCUGGGCGGGUGAGGAGUCUGAGCACCUCGUUAUGGACGCUCACCCACCUGACGGCGCUGCACAUCAAUGACAACAACCUGACCCGAAUCCCGCCGGACAUCGCCAAGCUGCCCAACCUGGUCUACCUGAACCUGUCAUCAAACAAGCUCCGCAGCCUACCCGCCGAACUGGGCAACAUGGUCUCUCUCAGGGAAUUGCUUUUAAACAACAAUCUUUUACGAGUUCUGCCUUAUGAACUUGGGAGGCUUUUCCAGCUACAAACCCUGGGGCUCAAAGGAAACCCUUUGUCCCAAGACAUCCUCAAUCUGUACCAGGAGCCGGACGGAACCAGAAAGCUUUUGAACUACAUGCUUGACAAUCUAGCAGUGCACCCAGAACAGCUCCCUCAAAGACCUUGGAUCACUCUGAAAGAGCGAGACCAAAUGAUUCCCACAGCUGUGUUCACGGUCAUGUGCUACAACGUGCUGUGUGAUAAGUACGCCACGCGACAGCUAUACGGCUACUGUCCAUCAUGGGCCCUCAACUGGGAGUAUCGGAAGAAAGGCAUCAUGGAGGAAAUCACCAGCUGUGACGCCGACAUCAUCAGCCUGCAGGAGGUGGAGACAGAGCAGUACUACACCUUGUUUCUGGAAACGCUAAAGGAGCGUGGCUACGAUGGCUACUUCUGUCCAAAGUCUCGUGCCAAACUGGUUUCUGAGCAGGAGAGGAAACAUGUUGACGGCUGUGCUGUGUUCUUCAAGACAGAGAAGUUCACUUUGGUCCAGAAACACACUGUGGAGUUCAACCAGGUGGCCAUGGCGAACUCUGAGGGCUCAGAGGUCAUGCUGAACAGAGUGAUGACCAAAGACAACAUCGGGGUGGCCGUGCUGCUAGAGGUCAACAAGGACAUGUUCUCUGAUGGCAUGAAACCACCACAGGAGAGGCAGCUGAUACUGGUGGCCAACGCCCACAUGCACUGGGAUCCAGAGUACUCGGACGUCAAGUUGAUCCAAACUAUGAUGUUCUUGUCGGAGCUGAAGAGCAUCGCUGAGAGGGCCUCAGGCUCUGCUGCGAAUGGUUCACCGACCUCCUCCGACCCAUCCUCCAUCCCCAUCGUCAUGUGUGCUGACCUCAACUCGCUGCCCGACUCCGGUGUGGUGGAAUACCUGAGCAACGGAGGAGUGGCCGAGAACCACAAGGACUUCAAGGAGCUACGAUAUAAUGAAUGUCUGACCAACUUCAACUGCAACGGCAAAAACGGCAACUCUGAUGGAAGCAUCUCACACAGCUUCCAGCUGAAGAGCGCCUAUGACAGCAAUCUGAUGCCUUACACCAACUACACAUAUGACUUUAAGGGUGUGAUCGACUACAUCUUCUUCUCCAAGACUCACAUGAGUGUCCUGGGCCUGCUGGGACCGCUGGACAGCCAGUGGCUCAUCGACAACAACAUCACCGGCUGCCCCCACCCCCACAUCCCCUCGGACCACUUCUCCCUGUUGGCCCAGCUGGAGCUGCAGCUUCCCCUGUCCCACCCGCUCAACCCCCUCAACGGGCUGCACCUGCCGGUCCACAGGUAGUGCAGCCUGAGAGAGCCCUACCCACCCUUCUUACCCCACCUUCAAACACUGCCCCCCCCCCCCCUCCAGCUUUAUACAGGACCCUGUACAGGUUACCGAUCAUGUUCAAACUCAGACACCAUCUGACCCCUCCAACCCUAAGACCCACCUAUCCAAAAGGAGUGAAGUAUUCGCCCGUUUGUUGCUCCUUUUUGUGUUUUUGCACACUGUAAAUGUUUUAUUUAAUUUUUUCUUUCUCCCCUUGAAAAGGCUUGAUACCAAAUGUUGGGCUUGGGGUGAGGUUGCUAUGGUAACCCCCAAUGUCAAUUGUUGUUUUUUUUUUUUGCCUUAAGUAUGAUAAUGACCGCUUGUAGAUUCUGCUCCUACAACAACAAACCUUAACUAAUACGAUCAACUUUUUAAAGAUAAAUCUCCUACACAAAUGUGUGCAGAUUAGCUAAAUUUCAUUUGGUGUUUAUUUUCUCAUUUCACACAGCUGUGAAAUAAUAUUUUUAGAGUAAAAACACAACAUAAUGUUAAUGCUGCACCACAAUAUGCAUGUUGUGUUAAAGUCUAUACAAUUGGACCGCUAUCACUCCCAAACUAACUUGACAGGUAUUUUAAUAAAAGGAGUAGCACUACAAACAGCUGAAAUUAAGUUAGGAAAGUUUUAUGAGGAUAUGAAAGGUUUGUUUACAUCAUUCGUCAUUUAUAUAAACACAGGUCCAUAUUUUCCAUUUUGAUCAGACAAUAAACAUCAAAAUACUUAAUUCAGAUACAUGUGAGUAAUUAUCUGCAAUUUUAAAGAUUAAAAAGGACUAAGAGGGCGUUUUAAAAGUAAUGUAACGUCACUGUUAACACUAACUUGAUGUGUUUCAUAAGGAACUAGAACAUGAAUCAUCUCAUGUCACUGGUCCGGGUCACAAAACAGCACUGAUAAUAUUGACUACAGAUUGUUUUAGGGGGCUUUCAGAUUGACACUUUAUUUAUAGUGAAAAAUAAUGGAUAGUAUCCCAUGUGCUACCAAAGUUUUUUCUGGAUCACAUUUCCAUAGUAUUUGGGAUUAUGUUGACUGGGCUUAUUUCUAAAUAGUGGAAAAGGAUGUCACCUGACUUAUCCUUCUUGUCAAGUUGCAAAUCUCAACCUGAAAGCCACCUCACGGUGCUGCGCGGAUGUUACUGAGUUGCUGCAUUCGCGCCUAUGAAUUUCUUUUUCCAUAGUACUGGUCUUGUACCUCCUUUGAUCACUGCUAAAUAUUUUAGUUGCAGAGGUGUUCCUCUCAGACGAUUCAUUCUCACUGUAGUUUAAAAGAUGCAACUCGUGAGUUCUCUGCAGCACUAUGACAAUUAAUUCAGGCUAAAUGAAAAAAUAUUUUAAGACAUGAAAUAUAUUUGCAUCACAAUCCUGACAUUGACAAUGUGCUUUAAACUUUUAGCUUUUGAAGUCGUGCUUUUGAACACCUACGGUCUUAAUAGAAUCUUGAUCGUCCCGUUUCCCAUCACCUGAUUAGCCAAAGAAUCUCCCCAGAAUGACUUAUGCUCGGUCAAUAAGAAGAUAAUAUUUAUUUACUGGUGCCAGAGAAAAAAACCUCCUGAGAAGAAUCUGCUAAUGAUUUGUGACCAGGAGCCGAAUGUAUUUCCCAAAGGCUCACUAUGAAAUUGGUUGUCGGAGCCUCUUAAAGCCAGAUUCCUGUGUAAACUUUGUAUAUUUGUGUCAGAUGGAUAGAACUAAUAGCCCUUUAUGUAAGUUGUAACUCAGGGCUAUGCUAUGCAUCCAGCAGUACCUCUCAAACUCUCAGAGUCACAUCGUACAAGCAAAACCAAACAGGAAGCUAUUGUUCUGAAAAUCCUAUAUAAGCACAGGUAAUGUAUGUACUGACAUACAUAUAUGUUGUUGUUGUAGAAGUCCCUCGUCUUUGUGCAUUUUUGAUAAAACAGCUUUUGCUCUUUUGCUCCAUUCUUAAAAAGAAUAACUUGGGAAAUUCAAAGUUGUCAUAUUUUUGAGUCGUCACAAGGUGUAAAAAGUGUCCGGAUAAACUUUAUUUAAAGACACUUUGGAGUUUUAAUUUGGUUUUGUUGUAAUGCUUUUGAGAGGCUCAAAAAAAAAUAAAUACAUGUGCGUGUGUGUGUAAUUGGCAAAAUUUAGAUUUCAGUCAAGUUCAAUCUGACUGUAGAAUUCUUUUAAAAGAUUACAAUUGUAAUUAGACAUUUGAUGCCAACUUUCAGUGCUUGACAUUUUUCGAUACUUAGUGUAACAGACACGUUGAUAUUGAGGUUUGAUACCCAGCCCUUUCUAUGCAGGAGGACUCAAAAAUGGCUGCCUGCCCAUGCACUCAGUGUUCAACAUAUCCGACCCAUUUCCCAUUGUAGUGUCUAGUAAACUCUGACUUUUUGAGAUUCAAUUAGUUAAAUUAGUCCAAGCAUUUGUUCUGUUCAGUAUUUGAAAAGAAAAGCCAUAACUUUGGGAUGAAUGCUGUGAGCACCUGUAACCUCAGCUUUAAACCGCAGUCAGAUCAGUUUUACCGGCCUGGACGGGCAGCAUCAGCUUUGCUUCAUUUGCACAUGAUUUGACGCUAACGCUAAUGGAUACCCCUCCAGUUUUGGUGGAGUUGAUGAAGUCUGUCUUUAUGAGCAUUUUGAGGCCUAUACUUCACUCCUAAAAUCACCUGACUGGGUUUUCUGAUUUUGUACAACAGCUGUACAGAUAUUAAAUUGCCUUUGAUGAUGGGGCAUCUUUCACAUCUGUGAGGGGAAUAUACCUUUCUCUGAUAAAGGGGCGUAUUUUUUCUCACAAAUCUAAGUUGUACUUGUACUUUUUUCUUCUUUCGGUGCACUAAGAUCUCAUAUGUGAAUACAGUACCACCUCCACAUCUCUGUCCAACUUUGUUUUUGAACUAUGGGCAUUUUCUGUCUCUAACACGCAGUCUUUCAAUUGGUACUUUGUACAAUUCAGUAUUAACAAGUUUUUGAGAAAAAAAAGAUAAAUGUUCUAGGUUUAAAAGCAGUUUGUCUUGAUGGCUUUUAUUUCUCCAGUGCACAUCUACAUGUCCGCUCAAAGCGUUUCACGUUCUGACAUGAUGCUUAAUCAUAAUUAUUUUGGUUUAUUCCUCUUUCUACUUGAUGUUUCCCUCUGAGUUUUCACAAAAAUACCUUUCAUAUCUCUCUUCACAUACAUCAUCCAGUAUCCACAGCCACUUCUUUUACUUUUUCCACAAUAAUAUCCAGCAAGUCACUACCACCUAUAAGCACUCAACCUGUUAAUUUUGUCUCUGUAGAGCGCUCCUCACAUACUUUUUCUACAAACAACGUGCCUAGUUUGUACAAUUUCUCCAACAGCAGCACUGCCCAUGAGACCAAGACGCUCAGAGAUUAACCCAGCGCCAUCAUCCAGCCAUCCAUCCAUCCUUUCAUCCCUCCAGUCCUUCAUGAACCAACUUUUGGGGAUGAAACUGAGAAAUCAAUGCUCAAGACUGUUUUGUUUUUUGUUUUUUGUAUCCAUAACAUCAAGGAUAAAUCAGUCAUUUCUACCAGAUAUCUUAAAAUGCUCACUUGUUUGUGGUUUCCCUGGUGAGUUUUUUGCUAAUUUUCUCUGCAAAGAGGUUGCUGUACGGCCGUCAUCGCAUGUGAUUUCUGAAUGUCAAAGUCUUGUUUUUAAAUAUCUGGCCCCGGUUUGUUUUCAGGUUUUUUUUAUUUAAGCUGAUUUUACAGCAGUGUGGUCACUACAUAAGGUUAAUAAUCUUUGGCGGCCAAUAGGACACCCAGCUGUGGGAAAAUGAGGAUUAUCUGAUAAAGCGUUUAGCAUUUGGACAAAGGGUUUGUUGACUGAAAUCUGCCUUUACACGUUGAAUUUGACAGGUUCUAGCUAGCACAGGUUGUUGCAUCCAAACCGGGAAAAUUAACUCUUUUCAGUGUAUUAACCUGUAAAUAAUGAUGUGGAAAAGGAAUUCAAAAACACAACAAACUCCAUAUAAGUUUGAUGAAAACUAGAUUUUGCACAAUCUGAUAUAACCUUUAAGAUUGCAUGUUGUAUCAUGAAUAUUUUCAGUAAAUUUUCUUUGUUAAUUUACUAUACUGACCACAGGUUAAUGCACUGGUUAAUUUGCUGUGGUCAGUCGGUUUGACAGUUGAAAAACAUCUUCAGUUUUCUGUUCUUCCUUCAAAAUUGUAAUUGGCAUCUGUUGUCUUAUGAGAACAAGGAAUGCAAAGCUGUUGUUCCUGGAUGGAAAGAUACAUAUCUAAAGUAUUUGAACGUUUAAGCAGUUUAGUUUUAUUCAUGUUUAGUAAAUUAAGUGAAACUCGGUGAGGAUCCUCAGCCACCAGCAGUCACCAACAAAGGUGCUACAUUUUUUCCUAAGAGGAUUUUAAACAACUGCACUUAAAGCUGUUAUAUGUACCGCCAAUGUUAAGUUUCUGUUACCAGAUUACAGACUUGCCGCUUUUCACCACAUUUGUUUUCAAUCCAACCAGCAUCCACCGCAGACAGGAGGAAGCAGCCAGUGAGGGUUUUGUUGGCAGGAAAACGUUCUGGUGGAGAGCUGCUAAAAUUAGUCAAAGCAUGCAUCUUGUCUAAUUUAGGUGGCAGUGCUGACUUUGUUGUUUUCCUCUGACAAAAAAGGAAAAUCCAGAUCUAUCCUUUGUAGAGGUCCUGUUGACUUGUGUUAUAAAAACUGAGUUACAGCUGAACGUUGUAGGUGUAAAAUCACUUUGUGUUCUCCAAUUGGAAUUUUCCUCACAAAUAAAACUGUAGAAAAGAAUUAAUAGAUUAAAAUAAAAACUUUUAAAAUCAUUGAAAAACACUAAAUUACCUCAUUACUUAUUAAUAUUUAUGUUGCACCUUUCUCUAACCCUGAUUUUACAUAUGAAAUUCAGUUUACACUCAUCGUGUGUGUGGGGGGGUACUACUCAGUGUGUAUAAUCAGCGGUAUAAUUUAAUAAUCUUUGGCUCUGGAGGGAGCUUUUUCUAAUGUUUGAGAAGAUAAGAGACUCAACAUUUUUAACAGAAAGCCUGCUUUGCAAACUGGAGGUGUGGGAUUUGAAACAAGAUGGGGUCUAAUUAAAGACUAUUGAGCAGCAUGUUGGAAAUUCUAGGAGCCAGUGUUUGUGCAGUGUUUUGGAUCUUUUAAAUGAAAUACAUUUCCAUCAACUUGCAGCAGGAUGGGGUUUUUUCUCAGCUGACAUUUGGGAUGUAGGAGAUUUUUCAGCCUCAGUGGUUCCUGAGGGCCCUACGUAGGCUUCAACAAUCACUUGGCUCAACACUUGUAUGUAUAAAAAGAAUUUCUUGCCGUAUUGAAGUAGUGAUAUUUAUAUCAAUGAAUGGAGGACUUCUACAAAGGCUACAGCUGUAUUUAAUAUGUGAAAAGUUGCACCUUAGUUGAAAUCCAACAUGCUCAACAGCACUUGUAUCAUCUCUCCACAAAAAGCCCCGACUCUCUACAUCUCCUGAGGCAAUAAACAUGUAAUUUUUGA